CUUUUCAGUUUUAGGCGCCCACACCAAUGCCACACUGCUCUGCUGUCCGAGGAACUUAGUGAGAAGAGAGCUCAGCUUUGGAUAAUUCUUGCUACGUGUCGUUUCAGUUUGAAGCUUUCUGGAGGGAGAAGAGGGAGUGUGAGAGACCGAGAAGAGAGUGGAGCAGCGGAGGGGGCAGCAAUCUUGGUUGAUUUCUUGGUGGGAGGCGAGAAGCGCUUGAGCCGGCUGCCUUCUCCUCCAGAGUGACUGGCCUGGGAGGAGAAAGGAGGUGUUUUCUCGUUGUUGUCUCUAUCCAGGCUCUUCUUCAGGUACUUCUGUUUCCAGGUUCUCUCUUCUCCGGUUGCCUUGGGCAACUGCUCUUUUUUUAUCUUUCUUCUUGCAAAAUUUCUGUGGGUAUAGAUCAGGAGGACCCGUGCACAAGUUGAAGCUCCUUUGAUGCACAAGUUCCUCGCUUAUAGUAUCCUUGGCAGCUCCAGUUCUUUGAUUUCCAUGAAGGAACACUGGGGUGUGAGUGAGAUAAGCAAUAGCCAAGCAAAAAAUGGCAUCUUGAACCUCGUUUGAUCCUGAGCAUUGAGCAUUUUCCCCCUUUCCUGCCCGAGGAUUUUUCUUUGUUUUUUUGCCAACGAGUCUGGUUCUUGUUUCCAUGGAGGGAGGAGGUGGGAUGAUGAGCAAAAACCCUACCAAAACUCUGCUGCUCCUCUUACUCGCCUUCCUCUCCCUGUGCGCGCCCGCCUCCUCCCAGCCGCUGCACUCGGAGCCCAUGGCCACGCAGUACCCGCCAUCCUCACCACCGCCGCCGCCGCCGCCGCAAUCAAAGAUUCCCCGCGCGCAAGCCGGCGCCGCCGCCCGCCUCCGCCGCAUCGCGCUCGGCGUCCUCUUCGGCUCCCUCACCGGCUUCCUCCUCGCCCUCGCCUUCCUCUACGCCAUCCGCGAGGCCAUCCUCCAUGCCAAGAACGCGCCCGCGAUCGUCAAAGGCCCCGUCUCCUUCAACCCGCAAAUCUCCCCAAAGAACCUCCAGGCCGCGCUCCCCUCCGCUCAGCUGUUCGCCCAUGGCCCUCAUGGCAAGUACUACAAGCUGGCUCUUGAUAAUGACCUCACCGUCGCCGUCAAGUUGCUCGACACAGCCAACCGCCCUGAAGCCUCGCCGUCCGUGUCCCCGAACACAUCCAAGUCUGACAUGAGAAGGGUGCAGAGGCAGCUGGAGGCGCUUGCCCGGGUGAGGCACCAGAAUGUGAUGACCUUGAAGGCGUAUGUUCGCGAGGCUGACCGCCUUUCUCUUGUGUACGACUUCGUUCCUGGGGGCAGCCUCGAGGAUGUGAUGAAGAGGGUGAGGUCGCAGCAGUUCAGCCUCAAUUGGGAUGCUAGGAGCAGGAUUGCUGUUGGGAUCGCCAAGGGAUUGAGGCACUUGCAUUUUGAGUGCAGUCCAAUGAUACUCCAUUGCAACCUCAAACCAUCGAAUGUGAUGCUAGACGAAGGUUUCGAACCGAUACUGACUGAUUGUGGGGUUGCAAGGCUGAUUGCUGCAGGUUCAGGUGAUCCAGAAUGGUGCAGUGGCCUCUACGCUGCUCCAGAGUGCCACCAAAGCAGCAGGUACACAGAUAAGAGUGAUGUCUAUGGUCUUGGCAUGAUCCUGGGUGUGCUGCUCACUGGGAGGGACCCAACAGAUCCAUUCUUCUCCGGAGAAACUGGCCGGGUUAGCCUCGCUAGAUGGCUCCGGCACAUGCAGCAGUCUGGGGAGGCAAAAGAAGCACUAGACAGCAGCAUCUUAGGGGAGGAGGUGGAAGAAGAGGAGAUGUUCAUGGCUGUUAGGGUUGCCAUUGUCUGCCUCUCUGAUUUGCCAGCCGAUCGGCCAUCCAGCGAUGAACUCGUGGCAAUGCUAACUCAGCUCCACAGCUUAUGAUGCUAAUCCCUGUAUGUUCCUGCAUCAUGACACAGACGCUGAAUUAUGUUUGAUCAUCAAACCUUACUGCACGUGUACCUUUCAGUGUCUUCUGCUGGAGAGCCCAAGCCAAAAUGUUCCACAAGGGAACCAACAAAUUCAGAGUCCGAACAAGCAGCUGUUCCCUGUAAUUCAGUUAUGUAGCUUCAUGCUGGUGGUUGAGCUUCCUCGGAUGUUUUGCCCAUGAUCUGGAGGCCUUAGCGUCUAGCGAUGUGAAAGUGAAUAUAUCUUUGUAGAAAGCUGUCUUUCUUGGUUCUGUUGCUGUUACUUAGCUGUAGUCCGUAGAGGGAUAUUGAGCAUGCAUUGACCCAUCAUGUAUAUCGGCUCCACCACUUGCCUGUGAUUUGAUGAUGCCUGGUAUUUAACAGGCCGUUGGGCCCAAAUGAUUCGAUGACA